CCCACAUAUGGAUGAAUUCGACUACCUCACAUGUUCCUUCCAUGAGAUUGAGAUUAGGACAGUCUAGGUCAGGCUGCUGCUGCUCAAGACACUGACAGUUAAAUGUUCAUCGCUGCCGCUCUACUACGUGUGCUAUUUGCCUUAUUCCAUUCUCAUCUUUCCACGCUCUCGCAACAUCACCAGACUGCAGCCAAUGAUAAAACAUGCCUUUUCUCAAUACCGUUACCAAGACGAUGUCGCCGGCAAACAGAUCCGUAGAGCGGCCUGUUGAUGAUUCCUCGCCUCCAGAAAUGCAGCAGAGGGAAUCCCAACCCCCGGGCGGCCGGCCUCUGAGACCUGGGGACCUCGACGGUCUGUCACAGCAGGAGAAGCAGGACGAGAUUAAACAGCGCGCCAGGUAUCUGGUCAAGGAUCAACUGGAGCCUUCCUCAGUUCCCUGGCACUUCCCCCGUCCGCAACCGCCAUCAAACCUGCCGUAUGUCGACUUCGUCGCCAGGAUCCACAGAGACGAGCGUGAGUUCUACCCCUCGGACCUUCGCAACUACCCCAGGUGUAAGUUCAAUGGCGCCAACUUCGUCGCUUCGCUGCACCAAACCCACCGGUUGUCAUUCCGUGGCAGGCUGGAGGAGCACUCGGUAGUGCUUGACAAGGUAGUGCACUUCGCCAGGCGGGAUGUCCCCGGCGAAGUCUGUCCUUACAGCGAGAUCCCAUCAAGGCCUGAUGCAAUGGAGGAGAAGAGGAAAGAGUUCGGUAAGAACGUUGCAGGGGCUUUCGGAAUUCAGUCGGUGUCGUACUAUGCGCCAGAAGACGGGGAUGAGUACCUUGAGGGCAUCAAGAAGGUAGACAAGCACACGCUCGUCCUUGAUACAACAUUCAACAGCAGCAUUCUCAAGGUCAUCCAAGAGGCGAACCUCAACCCGGGGGUCAUCAUCAAGCAGUUCAGGUUCUGGCCGGACGGAGCAGAUGAGGACGCGGAGAGCCUCAACACCGUUCGCGAGAGCGACUACGGCCUCACCCACUGGUUGUCAGAGUACUACGAGGUAUUCGUCCGUUAUCCUGGCUGCGGCUUUGUCACUUGCUACCCGACUAUCUACAUCCGGAAGAGCGUGCCGCUGGUGCCGCUGGUGCCGCUGGUGCCGCGGUACAGCCAUACUCCGCUGGGGAAACUGCAAUGUCCGAGUUUGUGAGGGGGGCAGGAGUCAGGACUGGCACACACGUUGAAGGCCAGACAGCUGAUGGCGUUGAAAUUUUGAAGAUGGUGUACCCAAGAAAUGGUUGUGCAGGCGGUGUGGAUGAUGGGAAUUUGUUCUGGAUUCAGCGGCUCACAUACCUAACUUGACUCAUUUUUACUCGAAGCGGAGCUCCUCUCGGGGGAUUUUGUAUUGCGUGUAAAAGUACACGCCGUGGAUAAAAAAAGGAGGCACACUUCGAAGUUCGAGUUCACAAUCGCAUUCACUGCCCUGUUUUAUGAUCCACAUGCCCCGCUUCAUGUCUUAGUGGGGCUCUGU